AUGGACGAAUUACCUACCGAAAUUCUGCGCAUGAUCCUGGUACCAGACAGACGGAUGCGAAUGGUCUUGCGUCUGUCCGCAGGCAGAAGUGCAUCUACAUCGCCUCGCCAGGAGCCCCUGGGUCCAGAGGCGGGUCUGUCGCCGCUUCAACGAGAUUCUCUUUCCCGCCGUGUCAAAGAGCCUCGGGUGCCGCGCCAUGAAAGUGGCCACCAGAGCUCGGUUCCCCCCCUCAUCUACGACGACUACGAAGAACGGCACAGACCAGGCGACUUGAUGCGGUUGAUCGGGUUCAUCGACGCCGUUUCUGGUUUUUGA